AUGAGCCGUCCAAAUCUCCCAUUGCCCAGAGAACAACUCGGGCCCAAACUCUGGUUUCAAAGAUCCAUACCCGGCAACAAUUGGGCCAACCCAUGCCCCUGUUGUGGUAUGACCACGGCACAAUGUAGAUUCAACGAAAAACGCCCCCAAAACAACUACUGCUACUUCUCGGACGGUCCAGGGAAAGAGUUUGUGAAGCCGGUGCUACGCACUGUGAAAUCGAAGGAAGAGAUUUCGAGGGGAAAGUUGAACGAAGAACUGCGCAAGGAUGGAGAGGAGGCCGAGAAGAAAAAGGAAGCAGACGAUGGGGAAGCCUCCCUCCCCACCCCCUACCCCCUCUACGGCCCCCUCCUCCUGCACCAAAAAGACCACUGGACGCUAAGCUUCUACAACUACACCACCAUCUACCCCCUCCGCAGCGCCUCACAGCUGGAAGACGUCUGCAUGGAGUGUCUAACGAUCGGGAAAGGAUGUCUGCCUGAUCAGAGGUUGAAUAAGAAGAUGGGGUGGGCGUGGUGGAGGCCGGGGUGUCGGGUUAGAGUUGUUAUGGAGCGGGAGAGGGCGGAGGAUAUUUAUUUGAAUGGGAAGUGA